CUUUCAAAGUUCAAACCUUUCUCUCUUUGCCAGAGAGAAAUAAAGAAUCAUAAAAUAGUAAAAUCAAUCUCAAAGGCAAUUUGCUUUUACCCAAAAAAAAAAAAAAUGAACUCAAAAAGAUAAUCUUUUUCCUAAUCCCAGUUUUCCCUUUUCACAGAAAUUUCAAAAAAAAAAAAGAGGAGUCAAAUGGGAGAAGAGAGCACCUCAAAUUCCAAGCCUGAUGAUAAUAAUAAUGCAGCCAACAAUAAUGGAAGCUAUGAGUCACCAGUUAUAUUGAAUGUGUAUGAUCUCACCCCUGCAAAUCAGUACACAGUUUGGCUUGGCUUUGGAAUCUUUCAUUCUGGUAUUGAAGUCCAUGGUAUGGAAUAUGGAUAUGGAGCGCAUGACUUUCCCAUAAGUGGCGUGUUUGAAGUGGAACCUAAGAGCUGCCCUGGUUUCAUCUACAGAUGUUCAGUCCCAUUGGGUCGUAUUAAGAUGCCUCCCUCUGAAUUUCAAGCAUUUCUUGAGAAUGUGGCUUCUGAGUAUCAUGGGGAUACCUAUCACCUCAUCUCCAAGAACUGUAACCAUUUCACAGAUGACAUAGCACAGAGAUUGACAGGGAAAGGGAUUCCUGGAUGGGUGAAUCGGCUUGCCAGAGUUGGUGCUUUCUGCAGUUGUCUUCUUCCUGAGAGCCUCCAAGCAACAACUGUUAAACAGCUUCCUGAGUACCAUCCUUGUACAGAAGAAGAUGGGAGUGGGUCAAUGUCGUCUACAACGCCCCAUGAACCAACUGAAAGCGAUGAUGGAGAUCAAGAUAAGCACUUGUUGUCAUCUCCAAUCGGAAGUCGUGAAGUGGCUUUCAUAAGAGAGACCCAAAGGUGAAACAUGCUGCCUGAAUGAGGCUGGAUUGAAAGUACUUGCAGGGGAUUCAAUAUGUAUUAUUGGCUUAUUAAAGGUUAUCGACUCGUCCCACACAGCCACUGCUCAAAUUCUCCAUUCGCUUGCUAUAUGAAUUACUAGUUCAUUGAUUUUCAAACUUUUUUUGCUUUUGGUUAUUAAGGUUUCCUUUAGUGUGCAAGAUGUAUUCGUUCAAAGUGACAGGAUUAUGAUCUAUUGAGGUCACAAAUAUCCAUGUAAACAUUCUGAGUGUGGAAGAUGUAAACAGGCUAUUAUUUGUGAAAAAUGAGAUUCCUGACAGUUAUUUAGUACCA